AUGCCGCCGCGCUCCCGCGCCCUCGCGCUGCUUGUGUCGCUCGCCUGCGCCGCGCUGCUGGUCGCCCCGUGCCGGUGCGUCAAUGAGCAGGGCCGGGCGCUGCUGGACUGGCGGCGGUCGCUGCGGCCGGCGGGCGGCGCGCUCGACUCGUGGAGGGCGUCGGACGGCUCCCCGUGCCUGUGGUUCGGCGUGUCGUGCGACGCGCGCGGCGCCGUCGUGUCGCUGAGCGUCACCGGCGUCGACCUGCGUGGCUCGCUCCCGGCCAACCUGCUGCCGCUGGCGCCGUCGCUCACCACGCUGGUUCUCUCUGGAACCAACCUUACCGGCCCGAUCCCGCCGGAGAUCGGCGGGUACGGCGCGCUGGUCACGCUCGACCUCAGCAAGAACCAGCUCACGGGCGCGGUCCCGCCCGAGCUCUGCCGGCUCGCCAAGCUCGAGACGCUCGCGCUCAACUCCAAUUCCCUGCGCGGCGCCAUCCCCGACGACUUCGGCGACCUCGCCAGCCUCACGCACGUCACGCUCUACGACAACGAGCUCAGCGGCACCAUCCCGGCGAGCAUCGGGAGGCUCAAGAAGCUGCAGGUGAUCCGCGCCGGCGGGAACCAGGCGCUGAAGGGCCCGCUGCCGAAGGAGAUCGGCGGAUGCGCCGACCUCACCAUGAUCGGCCUAGCCGAGACCGGCAUGUCCGGCAGCCUCCCCGAGACGAUCGGGCAGCUCAAGAAGAUCCAGACCAUUGCCAUCUACACCACAAUGCUCUCCGGCGGCAUCCCGGAGUCCAUCGGCAACUGCACCGAGCUCACCAGCCUCUACCUCUACCAGAAUUCUCUUUCUGGACCGAUACCACCGCAGCUUGGCCGGCUCCGGAAGCUGCAGUCGCUGCUGCUCUGGCAGAACCAGCUCGUCGGCGCGAUCCCGCCGGAGCUCGGCCAGUGCGAGGAGCUCACACUUAUCGACCUCUCGCUGAAUUCUCUCUCCGGCAGCAUUCCGGCCAGCUUGGGCCGGCUGCCGAACCUCCAGCAGCUGCAGCUGAGCACGAACCGGCUCACCGGCGCCAUCCCGCCGGAGCUCUCCAACUGCACCUCGCUGACGGACAUCGAGCUCGACAACAACGCGCUCUCCGGGGAGAUCCGCCUCGACUUCCCGAAGCUCGGGAACCUCACGCUGUUCUAUGCGUGGAAAAACGGCCUCACCGGCGGCGUGCCGGCGAGCCUCGCCGAGUGCGCGAGCCUCCAGUCGGUGGACCUCUCCUACAACAACCUCACCGGGCCGAUCCCGAAGGAGCUAUUCGGGCUGCAGAACUUGACGAAGCUCCUGCUGCUGAACAACGAGCUCUCCGGCGUCGUGCCGCCCGACAUCGGCAACUGCACCAACCUCUACCGGCUGCGGCUCAACGGCAACCGGCUGUCCGGCACGAUACCCGCCGAGAUCGGCAACCUGAAGAACCUCAAUUUCCUCGACCUGCACUCCAACGCUCUGUCCGGCGCAUUGCCUGCCGCGCUGCCGCGCAGCCUCCAGCUCGUUGACGUAUCCGACAACCAGCUCUCCGGGCAGCUGAGGUCCAGCGUUGCCUCGAUGCCGGAGCUGACCAAGCUUUACUUGUCGAAGAAUCGGCUGACCGGCGGCAUCCCGCCGGAGCUCGGUUCGUGCGAGAAGCUCCAGCUGCUGGACCUCGGGGACAACGCGUUCUCUGGCGGCAUCCCCGCGGAGCUCGGGGCGCUCCAGUCGUUGGAGAUUUCGCUUAACCUCAGUUGCAACCGUCUCUCCGGUGAGAUACCGCCGCAGUUCGCCGGCCUUGACAAGCUGGGCAGCCUCGACCUGUCGCACAACGGGCUGUCCGGGAGCCUCGACCCGCUCGCGGCGCUGCAGAACCUCGUCACGCUCAACAUCUCGUACAACGCCUUCUCCGGCGAGCUCCCGAACACCCCCUUCUUCCAGAAGUUGCCGCUCAGCGACCUCGCCGGCAACCGCCACCUCGUCGUCGGCGAUGGCUCCGACGAGUCCUCCCGGCGCGGCGCCCUGACGACGCUCAAGAUAGCCAUGUCCGUCCUGGCCGUUGUCAGCGCGGCGUUCCUGGUGGCCGCCACCUACAUGCUCGCCCGCGCGCGCCGCGGCGUCCGCGGCAGCGCCCCGGUGGACGUGCACGGCACGUGGGAGGUGACGCUGUACCAGAAGCUGGACAUAUCCAUGGACGACGUGCUCCGCGGGCUGACGUCCGCGAACGUGAUCGGCACCGGCAGCUCCGGCGUGGUGUACAGGGUGGACACCCCGAACGGCUACACCAUCGCGGUGAAGAAGAUGUGGUCGCCGGACGAGGCGAGCGCCGGCCUCGCCUUCCGCAGCGAGAUCGCCGCGCUGGGCUCCAUCCGGCACCGCAACAUCGUCCGGCUGCUGGGCUGGGCGGCCAACGGCGGCAGCAGCACGCGGCUGCUGUUCUACAGCUACCUGCCCAACGGCAACCUGAGCGGCCUGCUCCACGGCGGCGUCGUCGGGGGCGCCAAGGGCGCGCCCACGGCCGAGUGGGGCGCGCGGUACGACGUGGCGCUCGGGGUCGCCCACGCCGUGGCGUACCUCCACCACGACUGCGUGCCGGCCAUCCUGCACGGGGACAUCAAGUCCAUGAACGUGCUGCUCGGCCCGGCCUACGAGCCGUACCUCGCCGACUUCGGCCUCGCCCGCAUCCUCUCCUCCGGGCAGGGCAAGCUCGACGACUCCUCCUCCAAGCCGCAGCGCAUCGCCGGCUCCUACGGCUACAUGGCGCCAGAGUACGCGUCGAUGCAGCGGAUCAGCGAGAAGAGCGACGUGUACAGCUUCGGGGUGGUGCUGCUGGAGGUGCUGACGGGGCGGCACCCGCUGGACCCGACGCUGCCGGGCGGCGCGCACCUGGUGCAGUGGGCGCAGGCGAGGCGCGGGAGCGACGACGAGAUCCUGGACGCGCGGCUGAGGGAGAGCGCCGGCGAGGCGGACGCGCACGAGAUGCGGCAGGCGCUGGCCGUGGCCGCGCUCUGCGUGUCCCGCCGCGCGGACGACCGGCCCGCGAUGAAGGACGUGGUGGCGCUGCUCGAGGAGAUCCGGCGCCCCGCCGCGGCCGACGACGCCAAGCCGCCGCCGCCGGCCACCACGCUGCCCUCCGCCGCGGCCGCGCCCAUGCUGUCGCCGGCCCGGGGCGGCCCGCACUCCAGCGGCGACUCGUUCGCCGUCUCGGACUACUCCGCAUGA